AUGACGGACGGGAAUAGACCACCACCGGUUGUGGUUAAGGAUAAAAGUACCACAACUUUACAAUGUCCAAUAUUAACAGAAACUAAUUACAAUAUUUGGGCGAUUCGUAUCAAGGCAGUAUUCAAGGUUCAUGGAAUACAGCAAGCUUUAGAACCAGGCGAAAAGGAGGUAGAGACAAAAAAGGAUGACAUGGUAGUUGCACUUCUACUUCAGGCAAUACCCGAAGAGCUCGUGUUUCAAGUAGCUCAGUUUCAGACUACAAAAGAAAUUUGGGAAGCGUUGAAGACACGAUAUGUUGGGGUUGAACGGGUUCGAGAGGCAAAGCUUGAGCAACUGGAAAAUGAGUUCGAAUCCUUGAAGAUGAAAGAAACAGAGACAGUUGAUUCUUUCGCGGGCAGGAUAAGUCAGUUGGUUACCAAAGCAGCCAGUUUGGGAACCACCUACGAAAACAAAAAGCUAACCAGAAAGUUAUUAGGCUCUGUUACAGCUAAGUAUGUUCCAAUUGUCGCAUCAAUUGAACAAUUCCCAGAUUUGAAGGCCAUGAUGUUUCAGAAAGCGAUCGGUAGACUGAAGACGUUCGAAGACAGGAUUAAGGGUAUCGAGUCUUUAGCAGAAAAUCAAGGUAAUCUAAUGUUUGCCAAUGGCGAGUCAUCCUCGAAAUCCAAAUCCUAUGAAAAUACGCGUGGGGGUGGGCGAGGCGGUUCAAGUUACCGAGGCAGACGUCAAGACCAGGAUGAUGAGGGCCAAGAUGGAAGUCAAAGUCGAGAUGGUCAAGAUCAUGGGUCAAAGAAGAACCAAUGA